UCUUAUUAGAAACGAACCCAACCUGACCCGUCUGGGCUCGCCGCCUCCUAUAUCUCUUCUCUCUCGAUUAAUAUCUCCAAGAGCAAGCUUCGUUUUCGUGUGGUGUCGUUUCUAAUUGUGAUUUUUUAAUAUUGCAUCAAAAUGUCGAAGAAGAGGAAGGCUCGUAGCGGCUACUUGAAGAAGUCAUCACAAGGAGGAGACGAAGCUGUGGUACAGCGAAGAAAACUAGUUCCAAAACCUGGUAAAAUUGGGAAAGAGAUUGAUGAUAUCUUUGCUGGGAGAUCUCAGAGGACGCCAGAGGUCCAAAAUCCCGAGUCGAGAGACACGCCAGAAGCCCAAGUAUCCGAGUCGAGAGACACUAGAGCUGAGAUGAAUGAGCUCAAUGUUGGGGUCAAUAACAACACUGAAAGCCGACCUAGGACGAGAAUUCUCAGUAACGACACGGGACCCCGAUCCAGGACGAGACGACUCCUCAGGACGAGACGACCACUCAGGACGAGAACUCUCCGUAACAACAGGGAAAGCCGACCCAGCUCGAGUAUUUUUAAUAACGAUACGGAAGAUAGCCGACCCAGGAAGACAACUGAAGACGGGUUACGAGUGUUCACGGAAAAUGAAAUUGGUUUCAACAGGAAAGAUGCUGGUGGUACUCGUUUUUGUCCCUUUGACUGUUAUUGUUGCUUCUAAAUCUUCUUAAACCAUUUCGUUUUGAACCUUUUGUUUUAUGGUGCCAAAGGAGAUUUAACUCGUUCUGCUAUUAAUGGAUGUAUGAUCUUAUAACUUAAAACCAUAUUUUUCGUUCUUGUUCAUGUUUGAUGAGAAAAAAAAUUACAUUUUACUCUCUACCUAGUUCUGCUCUAGUCUGAGGAAAUAUCUGUCUUUAUUUACUCGAAGGAUUAAGAUUUCUUAUACAUGGAAUUUUGUUUUCCAGCAACUAUAAUGUAUACCAUCUUAAUUUGUU